UUUACAGCAUGAAAACUAUAAAAUUAUUAUAUUUGGCAUAAUUAUACAAACAUUUAAAUAUGUGAGUAAUGUUAAAAAUAUAUAAUAAUUAUGUAAAACAAAUAUCUAUAUAUAUAAAUGUGAAAAUAUAUACCCGCACGGUUGUGCGGGUGGAAAUCUAGUUAGUCUUAUCACAUAAUCAAAUGCGUGGUACAUCAUAACUUUGUGCGGUGAACGUUAUCACCAUUAUAUUAUAACAUAGUAUAUAAAAAGGAAUACAGAUGCAAAAAUGAGAGUAUUACUGGCCGACUUGGUGAAGCAAGCGAUGACGUGUGGUAGAAGGGGGCUUGGAGAUUCGGGUAUGGAGGAUCUGUGAUCGGAGAGAGACCAGAUCCUUAGAAGACCGUGACAUCCCCCAGUCACGUGGUCCUCUUUUGACUACAGUCUCUGAUCUCUCCCACUUUAACUGCAGAUUAAACUUUUGACUACAUUCUCUGACCUCUCCUCCCACUUUAACUGCAGAUUGAACUGUCAUUAUUGUUACUUACUUUACCAUUUAAUUAAUUAUACACCUCUUUUUUAUUCAUUAUAAGACGGUGGUUUGCUUACAAAAAAAAAGGAGUACACGUUGUUAUUUGUUAAACAACAUUUCGUCCGUACAAAAGUAUUGUUUUAGUGUAAUAACUACUUAAUUAUUUGUUUCUGCUACAUGAUAUAAAAGACUGAAGUAUUUCACUGGUAAAACUAUGUUGUUUAUAUUUUUCUAAACAAAAUCGCCUAGGAAUACAUUGUAAUAGCAUACAAAUAUUAAAAGUAUAAAAAUCAUAGAAAGCCUUUUUCAAAAAAAAAAAGUAUAAAAAUUCAUUUUAGCUAAGUAUGAUGAAAAAUAAUAGUGGAACAACUAAGGUGCUAAACUAAUAUAUUUGUGAAUAAAUUUAUAAUAAUCAAUAAAUUAUUCGAGUUAUUAUUGGACCACCAAUAAAAAUGAAAUAGAGUAACUUCAACAAAAGCCUCUUAGAACUGAAUCAAUGACCAAACACAUAUUCAUUGUAACAUCUUUUUAGACAAAUUAAAGGAGCAAACACAUGUAAAUCGAACCCAAAAAAGUAACAAUAUGGAUUCAGUCAUACAUUACAUAUGUAAGACCCGGACCAAACUUUGCUCUUUUUGUCGACUUUCCCAAAGCUCUAUAAAUAGUAAAUACUCUCCUGUCUCCACUUCACAAUAGCAACGUGUACUCCUUUGUUUUUAGCUGACUCCUCCUACACCGUUUCCUUAUAACUACCAAACACAUUAAACACAACACAAGACACACACACACGAUUUGCUUUUAGGGUUUCCAAUAUUACUAUACUAACUUUAGCGAUGGGUUUCUCAAUGUUCUUCUCAUCCGAAAACGACGUCGUCCAUCACUCCACUCCUUAUGCUUCUGUUGACUGUACUCUCUCACUUGGAACUCCAUCUACUCGUCUCUGCAAUGACGACGACCGUAGAUUCUCUUCUCACACCUCAAACAGAUUAGGCUGGGACUUCUUGCACGGUGCCAAGAAAGGCAGUGGCGGCGGCGGAGAUAACAGCUACCUCCUCCCUCGCCGUUGCGCUAACUGCGAUGCCACUUCUACUCCUCUUUGGAGAAACGGUCCAAGAGGUCCCAAGUCAUUAUGUAAUGCGUGUGGCAUCCGAUUCAAGAAGGAAGAGAGACGUGCGUCCACAGCCGGGAUCUCGACUUCCGGCGGAGGAUCAACGGCGGCUGGAGUUUCGACUUCCGAUCAUCAUGGAGGUGCAAAUUACUAUUACAACAACAAUCAUUAUGCUUCACCGUCACCUUGGAUUCACCACCAACAGCAUAAUACGCAGAGAGUCCCGUAUUACUCGCCGGGGAAUAACCAAUAUUCUUUCGUUGACGACGCCAGAGAGGUUAAUCAUGACGCCACAGCCGACCCGUUCUUGUCUUGGAGGCUUAACGUCGCUGACCGGACCAGCCUUGUCCACGAUUUUACGAUGUGAUGAAUAUUAUCGUUUCAUAGAUUUUUCCUCUAAAAAAGGUUUUAGCCUUGGAUACCAUUUAGCAUAAAAGACUAAAGUCUUAGCCUUGUCCAAAUUCUUUUUUUUUUUUUUGGUAAAAAUGUAAAGAUAUUAUUACCAAGUUUUUUCGUUUUUGACAGAAAAUACAGAAGUUAACAAGAAACAGAUAAACGGAAAAUAAAUCUAAACACAAACUCGAUUUAGCUAAAACGGGACGAAAGACACAAACUACCUAAACCGCUAUCCCCGAGGCUCGACCAUGUCCACAACAACAGCUUGCCGCAAAAGAAUGAGCCAAGUUCAACCGAGAGUCGGAACCCGGUAAUAUUGGCCUCCCCGAUGAUCCGCUCUUAAAGAUAAUGGCCCAUCCGAGAACAGCUUGCCGAGGCUUAAUAGCACAAACCCACAAGAACAGAGAACAAGAGCAGAGGCCUAACACACCCGCAGAAACCAAAACCGAGCUUUUAUUAGACCCGAAUACGACCUAUACAUGAUGCCGUUCCGAGCAAAAAGGGGCUGCAACCUCCGAACAUCCCACACCGAGCCCAACCUGCACACAAUUGCCUCGCACACCACCACAAAGAGCUCAAGCAAACCCAAGUGAUGCUGGGAUGUGAGCGAAGACCGAGCGUUAGGAAGUGGCGGUCAAUGACCAGAGAACCACCACACGCUCGUCGUCGCCGAGAACCGACGAACUGAAAUUGGAGACGCUAGGGCCGUCACUUGCCUCAACAAGAACGGGAUUUGAAACAGGGCACACCAGUACAGAAACCGCAAAGAGGAGGGCCAAAGGUGAGGAAGCAAAGUGAAAGGCCACUCAAGCGGACAUAGACGACCGCUCUUUAAACCUCCCAUAUGACCUACGCGAGCCGGCCACCGAGCUCAGACACCAUCCCGCCUGCGUGCUGAAGCUCACGAACUCACCGCCGUGGUAGAGAAACCCACCAGCACACACCACGCUAGGAGGAGGAUACUCAGGUUCAAAAACCGACGAGAGACACCCUCCGUAGCCGAGAACCGCCUGGGCUAGAGCAGCGAACCGUCGAAACCCAGGAGAGGACACCGCGACGCUCCUCCUCACGUACAGAAAAAGCAGGACGAGAUCUGAAAGAGAAAAUCGAUCUCCAACCAUACCCCAAAAAGCCGACUGCAAUCUCCACCCACCGCUCGACUUUCUCGCCAUUGUUCCAGAGAAAGCUGAGAGACCACCGGAUCAAAACUCCUCUGCAGCGGAGCAAAUUCCGGAGCCAAGCCCUAGCCCAGAACAACGCACAUAUCGAAGGGAGCGAGACAGAUGGGAUAGCAGCAAAACGAGAGAAAGAAACUAGACGGAGGGGGCCUCCAGUCACCGUACGCGCCGCCACGCGCCGUCGGUGCCGAAGGAGACGAAGCUCAAGUUUAUCGUCUUCAAGGGAUAAGGUGGAGAGAGAAAAGGAGAGAGAAAAAGAAAAGAAAUUGAAAAAGGUGUUUUCACCUCUUUGCCGGGAACCCAAGCAAUGUAAAUAGUCCCUCCCAGCGCGAAUCGAACCCGGGUGGCGGAAGUUACAGCCGCAACCCCUUUACCACCAGAGCUGACUCGUUCUGGUCCUUGUCCAAAUUCUUUAAAACUUUAUUUACAUAUAUAUAUAUAUUUGAAUGUUUUGCUUUCUUUUGGGUCUUUGUGUAAGUUUGUUUAAUUUGAAUUUAUUAUGAAGCUACUUGUGUUUACUUUUCAUGACUUUGUGAAUGUUCUCUCGGGAAGUGAACGAAUGAUACUUGUACUUUAUAAUCAACCUUUUCAGGAUGUGUAUCCUACUACACCAACAAAUUUUAAAUACACAUUAGAAAACAUUUUUGUGAAAACAGAUAUUAAAAAUUAACUUAAAUAAACGGAGAGAAUCUAAGCAUGAAAUUACAAAAAUAUAUAAUAAGAUAUACUAAAGAAUAUAUUAUUAAUUUUUACUAAGAAAUAAGUUUACCCCUGCUGUAAAAGAGCAGAUGAUUUCUAAAGAUAGUCUCUCGACAAAAAAAAAUUAAAACAGAAAAAUCGGAGAGAGAUUAUAGAAAAUGUCGCAAUAGUUUCUCUGCAAGGAAACUUUGGAAUUUUUUAUAGAAACUAUAUCUACACCAGUCCAUAUUUCCUAUUACCCCAAUUACAUUUACAAAAGUGAAAAUUAAUUAUGUCACUUAAUGCUAUAAAGAUAUCAAUAAAAAUUAGUCUAGAGACUGCGUAUGUGAGAGAUUGUGCGUUGCUGGUGCUCAAGGUUUUGGAUCCGCCCCUCUGCUAUGAAGCUCAAAAUUAUUACAUGAAUUCGUUUUAAUAGAAAAUACAACUUGACAUGCAAUUUAAUGCCUAUGUUAAAAGGUUAUGUAAGAAGAGUACGCAGAGUAGAUGGGUGACUUUAUGAGAUAGCAUCGUCGGUACGUAGCAGUUGGAGUAUCAAUGGGGCCAUCUUAUUGAUCAGUGGCGUGCGAAAGACCGUGAGGGCCCAAGACAAAUAAUAUAGUUUUAUCUACGUUUAAAUUUUUUUACAAAAAUUAUUAAUAAAAUAAAAUUAUACAAGCUUUUAUAUUUGUACCAAAAAUUUAGAAUUUUAUAAUUAUGGAAUAUAAUAUAUGUAUAUUGAAAAUAAAAAUAAGAUAUUUAUAAUAUAGUAGAUAUUUAUAUUUAUUUACAACCAUGAAAAAUAAAACUAUAUAUCUAUUUAUAAAUUUAUAUUUUUAAUUCAUAGUAUAAAUAGAUGAUAUUACCGUUACAAAUUCAAGAGUCCUAAUUCAAUGUACAAACUACCAUGUGAUAUAAUAAUUAACUAAAUUAUAAAAUUAAAUGUAAUUAAUAUAACUAAUUAAACUAAAUACUAAGGAAAAAAGGGAUUCUAAAUUUAACAGUUUUGGAGGGGGCCUAAGGCAAUUGCCUCAUUUUGUAUGCCUUAGGCACGACUCUGUUAUUGAUCAUGAAAUUUUGGAGGAGAAACGCUUAAGGUAAACGUGACAACUUUUAUUCUUAACUAAAAUUUGUAAUAUUUUCCUUCAUGUGCUCUGAUAUCAUAAAUCAUACACAAUAAAACUUCACUCAGCAUCUAAGUUCUCAUAUAUACAUGUAUCUGAAAUGAUUACCGAAAAUUUUAAGCAUGGGUCACCACAACUAUAUGAGCACAAUAAACACUGAAAUUAUACCGUUGAUUAUAAUAACGUUCCAUAAAUAUUUACAAAUCGAUUGCUCCUGCACAACGGUGAUGGAGCUACCCAUUGUGGCAGUGUGUUGUUUAUCAGGCAUGGCCAUGAGAUUGUGAUUGCAACUUUCAUUAAAUGUCUAUUGAGAAGAAGAACAUAUCUCUCUUUAUAAAGACAUGAAAAAUAAUGUUUGAUCAUCUUAAACAGAAAAAAAUAAAAGGUUAUAGCAAAAAAUGGUGAACUUAGCGGUUGCACUAAGAUCGUCGAUGUGCAUUAUCGUGAAAUCAGCCGGACUUGUUCCACAUACCGUAGAAACCGAACCAGGAACAAAGGUUAACUUCUGGUUACCGAAAAACUCCUGCGAAAACUCAGCCGGGAAGCCAGCAAAACCAGCAGUAUUACUCAUUCACGGUUUCGCCGGCGACGGAGUGAUGACGUGGGCGUUUCAAGCUUGUUCGUUAUCAAAGAGUUACUCUGUUUACAUACCGGACUUACUAUUUUUCGGUGGGUCUUACACCGAUAAACCGGACCGGUCACCAGAGUUUCAAGCCGAGUGUAUGGUUAAGGCUAUGAGUAUCCUUGGCGUGGAUAAGUUUGUCCCGGUCGGAUUUAGCUACGGUGGCGUUGUGGCUUUCAAGAUUGCGGAGUUGUAUGGGAACAUGGUUAAGGCUUUGGUGGUGACCGGUGCACCUCCCAUUAUGACCGAUUCGAAUGUGAACCGGUUUGGGUUAAGUUCAAUGUCGGAUGUCUUGUUACCCAAAACGGUUAAAGGACUUGAGUUUCUUCUCUCCGUUUCUUUGCACAAACGCAUUUGGCUCCCAAGUUGGCCUCUCAAAGAUUACCUUAAGGUGCAUCCGUUAUAUAUAAUAUGGUUUUAUAUAUCCACUCAGACUUGUUAAUUAUGUAAUUUAUAUAUCAAAAACCACAAUGUACAAACUUUUGCAUCCACACAGACAAUGUUCACAAAUAGGAAAGAAAUGGCUGAACUUUUAGAAGCUCUAAUCAUCAACAAAGACACUACUACACUCCCCAGUUUCCCUCAGAGAAUACAUCUUUUGUGGGGUGAAAAUGAUCUAUUCUUCAGUGUUGAAUUUGCAAAAGAUCUGCAACCGUGAGUUUCUAUCAAUCAAUAUUUAUUUGCUUAUAAUAUUCUCCCGGUUUUGCUUACACAAAAUUAACUUUAUUCAUAUCCAUGAAUAAUUUCAAAUUGUAGGAAAUUGGGUGAAAUGACAAGCAUGGAGAGUAUAAAAAAUGGAGGUCACUUGGUGCAACUAGACAGACCAUUUGUCUACAACAAACUACUCAACAAAUUUCUUGUUUCUGUUCAUUAAAACAAAGUUUGUGCUUAA